AUGAUCUCGGCUAAGCGUGUCCAGUGCCUUCCUGAACUCGGCUGGGUCUUCAUCACUGGGUCUGCCACGUGUCACCAGGUCGGGGCCGCCGCCGACCUCAUCGCCUCACUGCAAACUCAAAACAAAGCUGAGCGCCGCUGCAUCACGCAGUCGCAAGAGCUUGACCAACUCAACGGCAUCUUAGAGAACGCACUGGACUCUCGCCACAAGAACGGGCACCCGGAUCUUCCGGAGGACCACGAGACGAGGUCAUUGCAGCCGCCGCUGUUUUCGGCCGACAUUCUGGAGGCGAUCGACGGACUUGCGCUUGAACAGCCGACGUUCAGUCCGCAGGAGGUAUGGGUGCACAUCCACAAGGAGUUCUUCCAAAGCCCGGGCAGGAUUACAAGCGGCUAUCCCGACCCACUCAAGCAGCGCUUCGUGCAGCUCCCAGGAGUCCUCGCGGCGUACAUCCACCAACUAGCGGCGGCCAACAGAAGCCAGUGGCCGGCUGAAAAGCUUCGCGCUGCGAUCAGCUGGCACUACACAAAAGCGGAGAUGCUUGCGGGCGGCCAUCCCCACGAUCGCUGGGUUGUCGACACGGCCGCGGACGGAACUCUUACCCCGCGAGGUAAUCCCGCCAAGACUGCCAUCAUCUCGCAGAUUCUGGCCGGGUUGAGUAAGGUGAACAAACGCGAAAGGACCCCCAAGCGCGCCUCCCCGAUGUCGCUGUCCAUGCUCUCAAAGAUUAUCGCCUUCCUGGAGUCGGACCCGAUGUUCAACGAGACGAUGAGACUGUGGGUUUCAGCGGUAUGCUCUCUCGCCUUCUACGGGAUGUGCCGCAUCAACGAAGUCCUGCCGAUGAAGAAGGGAGACAUACAACUUGGGCUACGACGCAAGGCUCGUAUGACCGGGGCCGCGAUUCGAUUUGGCUGCUUCACAAUCCGUGACCGCAAGACCGACCAUGACCCCCUUGCCAGUCGAACGUACUCGCUGCAUCUUCUCCCGAAGGAAGAGAAGACCGCUGAGGCGCUGACGUAUCUGAGCCGAUGGUCCCACCACGCGCAGACGGAGCUACAUCACAGGUGGAGCAGUGACGACUACGCAUUCCCCUCGCUGACGAAGAUUCCUCGUGGUGGAGCUAAGCGACAGCGGUGCGCUGGGAAUGGCGGCAGGGUUCCAUUUGCCAAAGUUGGGAUCAAGUGGGGCACACCAAUGAAGGACAGCAACUUUACGCAAGUUCUCAACAUCGUCGCUGCGGCUGCUGGAAUCAACAGGAGUGUUCUUGGCGACGAGAUCUGGUUUACGUCGCACUGCUUUCGUCGGGGAGGUGCUCAGUACCGGUUCAUGUUUGCUCCUGAAAAAAGAAACUGGUCGCUGAAGCUGGUGAAGUGGUGGGUAGGGUGGGCACCGAGUGAGAAGGCGGAGACGGUGACGCGGUAUCUUCUCGAUGAUGUCAUGGACCGAGAGGUGAAUCGGCUUGGAGACUCGCUGGCUCCAGAUGCGGACGCAUGCAUCACCGCUGCGUCGCUGGAUGGUUUGCAAAACAUUGACUACGGACGCACGUACUCCGAUGCAGACGACGAUCCACAGUUCAACCCCACAUAUGCAGCCCCUGAUGAAGUUCCCCCAGCAUUGCAUCCUUCGACCAUCGCUGAGCUCAAGGACGGUUUACUGGAAGGUCUCCGUGGUAUGGUACAGGGCGUCGGAUGUGGACAAAACGACACUCAAGAAACGGAGGACGGUGAACACGCUGAAGACGCUAUUGCUACGUGUGAAGGAACAGUUGAGGAAACCACUCGCCUCGUGUCUGAGCUUCCGGAUGCCAAAUCGUGGCGCGACUACGUUCAUCAGUACUGGCAUCCAAAUCGUGCGUGUCACCAGUACCGAGCCGGCGUGGGCAUGCCUCCACAUGAACGCAAGAUACACAGGUCGCGCCUCUCCAGAAUGAAGAUCAUCGCGGAGUUUAUUCGAGCAGAGUACGACGAUGACCAAGACUUGUUCGAGAAGGAUUUCGGUGGCCGUGUCCAGGGAGAGUUGACGGUCAACAAGAUACUUGCUGCGAUUCGAGCGAGUAGACGCGAUGUACCUGCCGUCGUCCUUUAG